GAGCGUAUGAAAACACGAAUCAUUGACCGUAAUUGCAACCGCAUCCUAAUUGAUACCCAAAAAAAAAACCAAAGAAUAUACCCAAAUCCUCACGUGUCAUUUCAGCGUUCUUCCCACCCACAACAAUACCUACCGCAACCGUCAUCUGGUCGACAGCAACAACCCAUUCCUGCUCUUUUCUCUGCUCUCCGACUAUGGAGAUCAGCUUCCCAACCCCAGACAAGCUCACGAUCUUCUUCUUCGCCUGCUUCUCUCUCUGCUUCCACUUCAUCCUGGCCGUCGGAUUCGAACACCAAGAAGUGCUUGCCCUACCGACCAGGCCGAAUAAGUACAAGCACCUCCAAAUGCGGGCGGGGGCACCCUUCAAAAUCGCUAUCUUUUCUGACCUGCAUUUUGGGGAGAACGCCUGGACGGACUGGGGGCCUCGCCAGGACGUCAACUCUGUAAAGGUCAUGAAUACUGUUCUGGACGAUGAAAAUCCAGAUUUUGUUAUAUACCUUGGAGAUGUCAUUACGGCAAAUAAUAUACUAAUUGCAAAUGCCAGCUUGUAUUGGGAUCAGGCAAUCUCUCCAACAAAAUCCAGGGGUAUUCCAUGGGCCAGUGUAUUUGGAAACCAUGACGAUGCACUGUUUGAAUGGCCAAUGGAAUGGUUUUCAGCCCCUGGAAUUCCUCAACUUAUUUGCCCAGAAGCGAACUCAACACAUUCAGGAGCAGAAGCAUGUAGCUUCAGUGGCACACAUCGUCUGGAGUUGAUGAAACACGAGAUUGACCGUCAUGCACUAUCUUUUUCCAAAAAUGGUCCUAAAGAACUUUGGCCUAGUGUAUCAAACUAUGUUCUCCAAGUCUCAUCAUCAGACGGUCCAAAGUCACCAGUGGUAUACCUGUACUUUUUAGAUUCUGGUGGUGGGUCCUACCCAGAAGUUAUAUCAAGUGCCCAAGCAGAUUGGUUCCGGCAUAAAUCUGAAGAGAUCAACCCUGACUCAAGGGUGCCUGAGCUAAUAUUCUGGCACAUACCAAGUCAAGCAUACAAGAAGGUUGCUCCACGGUUUGGAAUACACCAGCCUUGCGUGGGCUUAAUUAACAAGGAAAGUGUUGCUGCUCAAGAAGCUGAAUUGGGUAUCAUGAAACUUCUUACUAAAAGGCCUUCUGUCAAGGCAAUAUUUGUUGGACACAACCAUGGAUUGGACUGGUGUUGCCCCAAUGAGAAACUCUGGCUGUGCUUUGCAAGACAUACUGGUUAUGGUGGCUAUGGAGACUGGGCUAGAGGAGCUAGAAUUCUAGAAAUCACCCAGAAGCCCUUCUCGGUUAAAUCUUGGAUAAGGAUGGAGGACAAUGUAGUACACAGUAGAGUCAUCUUAAGUCCUUAAAUCCUAUAUUACCUUGUGUACAAAUAUAGAAAGGAAGAUAAGCCAGUUUGUAUAUGUGUGUGUGAGUAUUUGCCUUUUAGUGUGAUGUGACAUUUUCAACUAUUCAAUUGUAUGUCUAGUU